CGUCAAAUCUGAAUGAAUUUGAAUGCUGAACAUUUCAACCGGAUUAUUUUCCAGAAUGAUUAGUUUCCUUAAGCUAAAAGGUAGGACUAAUAAUUGAACCGAACCACGCUUUGUAUUACCUGUGUAGUCGCUUUAACAAUUAUCGUGUUUAAAUAAAGUCUUUGUAUUGUAUUGUAUUGUGUUUACAUCCGUUUCAGCUUUCAUUAGCAAUAGUAACCAAACAAUCACAUUGCCGCCAGAUCAUCUUCGCCGUGUCGGCACAGCUAAAACGCUCAGCAUAUAACCGGCUCUAGCCUCCAUCUCGCUUAGUUCUGCAAAGAUUUUCACCUCAUCAUCUACAAAGGUUCAAAUCAACACAGUAUAUCUGCUGACAAAAAUGGUAUGUGCUUUUGCUGUCUUUUUGUAAUCCCAUAGUUGAAAUAUGUCUUACAUUAGGCUGUUUAUUGAUACAAUCAGUCAAGCUUGUUUCUCUGUUUAAAAAAUAACAAAUAGUUUCUGCUACGUGCCACAAGCACCUCAUUUGUAAAAACUUUACAAGCAACGAAAUGACUAGUAGUCCUAAAUCAUGGCAUCUUCUACAGGGAAACUUGCUUAAUAGCGCCUUUCUGUUCCUAACCAAUAAAGUUGUGUUUAACUUCCAGAUUGUCUUUCUGAUCAGCAUUCUUUUGAUCACCUUGAAUGGAGUGCAAGUAAACUGCAUCGUGAGUUUUGAUUAAUUAUUUUACUAUUCUCUUGACCAGCAUACAUAUCUGAGUUAUUUCAACCGAUCGUGUUCACUGAAUUUAUGAAGGUAACUUACCAUUGUUAUUAUCAUUUGAUAUUUCAACGUGACAGACUGAGAGCUAUUCCUACCGUGUUUCCGAAAAUGGAGCGACGUUUACCGAAGAUGUAGAAGUGGAUGUCGACAAUCAAACCGAAGUGUUCCGUGUUCCUCAGCACAACGAUGUGGACGCAAUGGAAAUGAUGAAUGACUUUCGAGAGGUAGAGUUAGUAAAUUUCAAGAAGAAAAUGUGCUUCAUUAAGUCAAUUUCCGUAUUUUUACAAUUUUUUCGUAAUCGGUUGUACUUUUUAAAAAUUGAUAAAAUGCGGCUGAAUAAGAACUGUGAUAUUUUUCAAACGCUCUGCCCUUUGGAUACAUCCCUUAAUUAUUUAAACGGACAACAUCAGUUAAAUCCGGUUACUUCUAACAAAUACUAGCAAAAUUGGACUCCCCCAAAAUGUAGAAACUCAUUGUCGUCAAAUGUUAGCAAUUUGUUGAUAGUUAUGCACAGAGACUUACGUGAGAUCUUCCAGCAUAUCCGGAUAAUUACAUACAAGCCUAAUUCUACUCGCCUUUUAGGGAAUUAGAUUUACUGCAGCACACAAAUUAGUACUAAAAGCCAAACAAGCAAAACAAUUUCACCUGAAAGUUAACCUAGUCUCCUUCGCAAAAGAAGACGGCGCGCGUGACAUGCAAGCACGACUGCGAUGGAGGGUCGAGUUUAUGUAAACAAUAUCAAACUGUGUACGCGGUUCAGCAUUUGCACCGAUGUUAGAACGAAGAAACUAAAGAAGAUGUAAAUAAAUAUUUCCUCAGGGUUUGUCUGUUUACCGAGUACCAUCAGCACGUGCCUGCUAUGUAUCUAAGCUGGAUUCAUCUCUUCCAGAGCCAGGGAAGAUGAGGGUCAACAUGGAACAGGUAGAGUCAAAGAGAUUAUAAAUCAUAGAAUAGAAUCUCUUAGUUGUCGGGAAAUGGUGCUCGCCGACAAAGGAAACUCUCACGUAUGAAUAUUUUCACCAGAUUUAAUAUUUCUCACGAUUCACAGCUCUCACUUUGUGGGUACACGUCGUGGUAUUCUCUCUCCAAAAACGAUCUCAUGUGUCUGUAAUUCUAUAUUUUUUCCUCAAGAUGAAUAGCCUAUUGUUACAAUCACGCGUUUCGCAAUCAGUUCAUGCACGUAACAUAAAAAGGUAACACAACUCGCUUCCGGUCACGACAUAGUGGAGAUUUCAUUUCUGUGGCAUUUUGAACUUUUUAUUUGUUGGAGAGGAUUUUCCUUUUCAUUUUGAACUUUAUUUCUUUACCUUUCGUGACAGAUCCACAGUCCACGUAUAUAACAGUUAAUUCUUAAAACCAUUAAGUUACCUCAGUCAACGACCACGUUAUCAAUCAUUUCAAAAAGUCGGAAAUAAUAGUUAUGACAGCUCCAGUUAGGGUCCAAUAACCGAAGCUAUGAAAGUUAUACAAAACAAACGAUUUUGAUGCAAGACUCCAACAUUUAUUUAUCUCUGACAACUAUAUACUUAGGCUACUGAAAGUACCGUAUUCAGGCAGCCUCAGUUAUGGGUUAUUGAGGUUCCGUCCCGUUGUAAGUUCGCCCUACUGCCUGUUCACUUCAAAUCCUUAACACUGCGACACAUGUUUCUUCGGCUACCGAAAUCAUAAUAAAUUUGAUUAAUAUGCAAACUUCUUUGUGUGCUGUCAAUGAAACGCUGGCCUGGGCAUGCAUGAUAACUAGAUUUUAACCGACGUGUGCCCCACAUGAUACAUGAGCUAACGUGUGUCUAAGUAAUAAAUACAAUUCGGAGCAUUUUUAAAAUUGUCGGCCCAUUAUUGUAUCGGUUCCAUGUUUCUCAUUGCUCAUGUACAGGCCUCGAUGCAGCCCCGUUUAUCCCGUCAUGUGACAACCAAGAAAAGGGCUUGGAGAGUGGAGGGUUUUGCGCAGCGAUCAGCUUUGCCUCAGAAGUUUCUGGAUUUCUGUGGCAGUUUUCCAAUCUAUACCAUUGAACAAACGUCGAUGAAUUUUAGUGUGAGCUCAUUUAGGAGAGGUGGGUUAAAUUGUUAAUGUAGAUUUGUCAAUUUGCUAUCGACGAAAUCGAUAACUCAUCCGCCCGUAUUUGAAGGCAUAUACGUCAUAUACAGGGGUUUUAAUCUGACGUGUCCUUAGACUCGUUAAAUUUGAUGCCAAGAGAUUAUAUAAUCUCUUGAUGAUGCAUAAUAAGCGUGAUGUCAUGGUCUUACUUGAAAUAUCACGUUCCCUUUUUCAAAAUUUUUAUUUUAAUUUUCUCUUUUUAUUUCUUUCUGUUGACAAUUUUGAUGUUAACACUGUAAAAGAAAACCUUUGAAGAAAAAAUUACAAAAAGAAGUGAGAAAACUUGAUGAACAUAGUGCAACUGGUGUCGAAGAGAGAGAUGGUGAGACAUCACGUGUACCCCAAAAGAAUAUAAACAGUUUAUACUCUCUUGGUGUAAUAAGCGCCCUUAGCCGAAUAAGCGCUCACCCCACAGGCCAUAAUAUCAGGCAAGCGCCCCUCUCAAAUAAGCGCCCUCGCCCACGGACCCGCCUCCCUCAGCUCACUUUCUAAAUAGUAGGGAUUCAAAGAAAACCUGCUUCUAUUGACACUCGAUUAUAACUUUUUUAACAUUCAACCACAGCAGAAUCAAUACAGGUAAGUAUUUUCUUAAAAAGUACCCUUUUCGAUAAGCACCCUCGGUAAGCGACCAUAGAAGUGCUACUUUUGGCAAGAAAUAUAUGUUCCUUUUCUUUUAGGUCAUGGCCGUGGCAAAAGGAGUAUACAAAUUGACACAUUUGCCGCUUGUAGUCCAGACAGUCUAAUAGAGUUCGAAAGAUGUUUAAGCAGGCGUUGGAAUAUAUACGGACAUGCCAAUUAUAAACUGGAGUGCAAAUUCCAGACACACUGUUCUUUUUACGUAGUUGAAUGCGUACCCUCCAGUCAAGGAAGGUAUCAGUGUAAUGGAAUAGAUCACGUAUCAAAUUACCUCGGCUUUUGCUGUGAUAUAAAAUGUUGAUAUCAGGGAGACUCCUCGUGUUAUUUUAUGAAGAAGUCAAUGAAAAAUCGUAAGGAUAAACCUGACAAAAAAUUAUGCUUUUUUUGAGGGUUGACUGAUAACCAAGAGAAUAUCAGUUGAUAUUCUCCUGCUGAUAACCUAUUUCUUAAAACCAAUUGACGAGCACUAAAAUAAUAUACGGCAAAAAGACUUAGAUUAAAUAGAAAACCCGCUUUUCUUUUAAGACAAAAUAAUCGACAUUACGUUUUUUAACGAGACCAAGUGUCUCCGUAGAUUGUUUAUCCCAUAGAGUGAUAAUAUAAAUUAAUGUAAGGGGAAAAAGUAAGGAAGUGAUUAUCAGUGUGAGGGCAAAGUUGAUGUUAUACUUUAUCAGCGCCGAAUUGUAAGAAACUGGCUGCUUUUUUUGUUUGAUAAUAUAAAAUAAAGGA